AUGGGACCGGAGUCUGAAUCUGUUUGUGUGACGGGCGCUUCCGGUUUCAUCGGCUCAUGGCUCAUCAUGAGACUCUUAGAGCGCGGUUACACUGUUCGAGCCACCGUGAGGGAUCCUGCGAAUCAGAAGAAGGUGAAGCAUCUGCUGGACUUGCCAAAGGCCGAGACGCACUUGACGCUGUGGAAGGCUGACCUGGCCGACGAGGGAAGCUUUGAUGAAGCCAUUCAAGGCUGCACCGGAGUGUUCCAUGUCGCCACUCCUAUGGAUUUUGAGUCCAAAGACCCCGAGAACGAAGUGAUCAAGCCAACAAUAAAUGGGGUGCUAGACAUCCUCAAGGCAUGCCUCAAGGCAAAAACAGUUCGAAGGCUGGUGUUUACAUCCUCAGCAGGAACCGUGAAUAUCGAAGAGCACCAGAAGUCAUUCUACGACGAAACCAACUGGAGCGAUGUUGAAUUUUGCCGCUCUGUCAAAAUGACUGGUUGGAUGUACUUCGUCUCCAAGACUCUAGCUGAGCAAGCUGCAUGGAAGUUUGCCAAAGAAAACAACAUUGAUUUCAUUACCAUUAUCCCAACUCUUGUGAUUGGCCCAUUUCUCAUGCCAUCCAUGCCACCAAGCCUCAUCACCGGACUUUCCCCACUCACUGGAAAUACAUCUCAUUAUUCGAUUAUAAAGCGGGGGCAGUUCGUUCACUUGGACGACCUCUGCCUCUCUCACAUAUACUUGUACGAGCACCCUAAAGCAGAGGGCCGCUACAUUUGUUCUUCCCAUGAUGCUACAAUUUACGACAUUGCAAAAUUGCUGAGAGAAAAAUACCCCGAGUACAAUAUUCCCACAAAGUUCGAUAACAUUGAGGAGAACUUGACGAACAUCCAUUUUUCUUCAAAGAAGUUGACGGACCAAGGGUUUGAGUUCAAGUACAGCUUGGAGAGCAUGUUCAUAGGGGCUGUUGAUACCUGCAGAGCAAAGGGUUUGAUCCCACUUCGUGCUGAGAAACAUGAGGCUGACGACAACACCGUCGUCGAUGUCAAAGUCUCCGGUUAA